AUGUGUGAAAUAAUCAACUACGCACCUAGUGGGGCUAGCAAGACAGGAUGGGACAUGGAGAGGACAAGUGCGCGAGAAAAUAUUGGGUCCAAUGUGGCCAAAAUGUUGGGUCUGCUAGUCAAAGUGUUGGGUUGUGUCGAAUUACAUCAGGAAGUGAUUAUUGUGCGACAGGCAUUUGAUGUGAAUCACAAAAUAACUGAAUAUGAGCCUAGCACCUCUACAAGGCCAAAAGGACUCCAAGUCCUACAGCUUACUCUCCCACACCAGAGUGGGUGGGCCGCUGCUCCUCCCCACCUAAGAGGUACUGACAUGCGAGUGCAACUAGAUGUCAAGCAGUUAUUCUACAAACUGGAUGAGGAUUAUACAUGUGACCAUGCUACCUAA